AUGCUUUUCUUCACCCAGUGUUUUGGGGCUGUAUUAGAUCUUAUUCACCUAAGGUUUCAGCACUACAAGGCUAAGAGGGUUUUCUCAGCUGCUGGGCAACUUGUCUGUGUUGUAAACCCAACACACAGCCUAAAGCAUGCAUCAAACAGGUGUGCAGUCUCUCAGACCUCCACGGAGCAAAGCAGUCUUCAUCCCCACCAUCCCCACGAGGCAGUGCAUGAUCCACAGCUGAUUCCCUGCACCUGCCCUCUGUUUUCUUGCCAAUGGGAAGGCCAUUUGGAAGUAGUGGUCUCACAUCUGAGACAGACUCAUAGCAUCAACAUCCUUCAUGGGGCAGAGAUUGUUUUCCUGGCUACGGACAUGCAUCUCCCUGCACCAACAGAUUGGAUAAUCAUUCAUUCUUGCCUGGGACACCAAUUUUUGCUGGUACUCAGGAAGCAGGAGAAAUAUGAAGGCCACCCUCAGUUCUUUGCCACCAUGAUGCUGAUCGGCACCCCAACUCAAGCGGAUAACUUUACCUACAGGCUUGAGCUCAACAGAAACCAGAGGCGUCUGAAAUGGGAAGCUACCCCAAGAUCAGUACUGGAGUGCAUUGACUCUGUCAUAUCAGACGGUGAUUGCCUUGUCCUUAACACCUCACUGGCUCAGCUCUUUUCUGAUAAUGGAAGCCUGGCUAUAGGGAUUGCAAUAACUUCAAGCAAAGUUCACACUGCUGAGGUGGAAAUGUGA